GUGCCAGUCUGGUCCGUAGCCACGAUGGAUACAAUACCAUGCAUUUUGCUCGUCCUGCUUUCUUUAACAAGGAUCCAGGAAAAUAACGCCCUCCAGUGUCACUGUGAGCGCUGCAGUGCCAACUCGAGCUGCACAACAGAUGGCGUCUGUUUCGUCAAUAUCCGCAAGACAGGCAACCGGCUAACGACGGAGCUGCGCCAGUGUGUUUCCGAAAAAGAACUGUUCCCGCGGGAUCGACCCUUCAUCUGCGCCCCAUCCUUCAAGCAUGACAUAGGCUUUUAUCCCAUUUGCUGUACCACCGAUUAUUGCAACAAGGACCCUGACCUCACCGUUUAUCCUAACCCGACUGCAAAAACGCCGUCUCUGGGACCCGUGGCUCUGGCUGCAGUGAUUUCUGGGCCAGUGUGUAUAUUCUGCUUGCUGCUGGCUUUGGCAUUCUACAUCUGCCACUGGCGGGGGCUGGGCGCUGGGGGGGCAGGGGCCCACCAUCACCACCACCACCGUGUGCCCAAUGAGGAGGAUCCCUCCAUGGACCACCCCUUCAUCUCUGUCGGAACAACACUGAAGGACCUCAUCUAUGAUAUGACCACCUCGGGUUCAGGAUCAGGCCUGCCACUUCUUGUCCAGAGAACCAUUGCUAGGACCAUCAUCCUCCAGGAGAGCAUAGGGAAAGGGCGUUUUGGGGAGGUGUGGCGAGGUAAAUGGCGUGGCGAGGAAGUGGCUGUAAAGAUUUUCUCCUCCCGGGAGGAGAGGUCUUGGUUCCGAGAGGCUGAGAUCUACCAAACCGUCAUGCUGAGACAUGAGAACAUUUUGGGCUUCAUCGCCGCAGACAAUAAAGAUAACGGGACAUGGACUCAACUGUGGCUGGUGUCUGACUACCAUGAGCACGGCUCUCUGUUUGACUACCUUAACCGCUACACGGUCACCGUGGAAGGCAUGAUCAAGCUGUCUCUGUCCACAGCUAGUGGCCUGGCCCACCUCCAUAUGGAAAUCGUUGGCACACAAGGUAAACCAGCGAUUGCUCACCGAGACCUGAAAUCAAAGAACAUUCUGGUGAAGAAGAACGGAACCGGCUGCAUUGCAGAUUUAGGUCUAGCUGUCCGCCACGACUCGGCCACUGACACGAUUGACAUUGCUCCAAAUCACAGAGUGGGAACCAAAAGGUACAUGGCACCAGAAGUACUGGAUGACUCCAUAAACAUGAAACACUUUGAAUCUUUCAAGCGAGCUGACAUCUACGCCAUGGGAUUGGUCUUCUGGGAGAUUGCCAGUCGCUGCUCCAUGGGAGGAAUCCACGAGGACUACCAGCUGCCGUACUAUGACCUGGUUCAGUCAGAUCCAUCGGUAGAGGAGAUGAGGAAGGUGGUUUGUGAGCAGAAGCUUCGCCCUAACAUUCCCAACCGCUGGCAGAGUUGCGAGGCGUUACGCGUCAUGGCCAAGAUCAUGAGAGAGUGCUGGUACGCCAACGGCGCCGCCCGGCUCACGGGGCUACGGAUCAAGAAGACCCUAUCCCAGCUAAGCCAACAAGAAGGAAUUAAGAUGUAGACCGCAGACUACCAAAACACGCAAACACAUUUCUGACUGGCAUCCAUAUCAUUAGCAUUACAUCGUUUCGACAUUGCCAUUCAUUCAAUUUUCCUCCCCUCCGGAUUGGAAGGAAAGCUCAGACAUCAUUUCCCCCCAGUGGUGUCUGUUUCUCACCCUGAACUCACCUAAACGUGAGUUUGGCAUUUAAAACCCAAGACCUGAAUCCACUGACGGAUGGAUAAACGGCUGAAUCUGACAAGGGACGUCUGCAUUAAAGGAAGCCUUUGCCCAUUUUCCUCCAUGCUCCUUUGACUCAUUAAAGGAAAACUUUUCAAGACCCAUUAGGGCAACGGGAAGACAUCCAGACGGGCAUGCAUCACUCAGACAUCCUCAGGUAGACGAAACAGCAGACAGUCAGCUGGUACCACCCGAGAGACCACUGAGCUGCCUUACCUAUUGAUCGCCUCAUUUGUAUAUUAGCCUUUCAUUCUUCACUGUAAGCUACUCGCGUUCAUUCAAUACUUUAUUUUUUGCCUCUAAUAUGAUCUGUCACGGUCCACAGAGACGAUUUACAAACAAAAACUGCGCAUUCUUUAAAGAAUGUCGUGAUGUGAUACAAAGUGCUCCCGCAACACUAAUGAAUUCUAGUACUGGGUCAACCGUCAUUAGUUUGACUGCAGUGAGAAAUACACAGCACGGGGUAAUCAUUUCUAAUCGGCCUACUUCAAGCAAACCAAUGCUUGUGAACUCUACAUUCUUAUGAAAAUGCAGAAAGUCAGUCGUGAUUCUUUAAAGUAUUUUUGUUGUACUGGGAGCAGCAAAGGGAAGUUGUUGUCUCCCAGGACUAUUUGGAAAGUUGCUUUGAUCGGGAUUAUUACUCGUCGUAGAUGUUGGAUGCGAGUAUACUGAGGACUGAAGCACGGACCAGAAUUAAGACACCCUGUGCGGGUCCAGUUAGAAUUUGGUGCAAAAGUUGCACCUGGUUUUGAUUUUCUUGUCGAUAUGUUAUUUCCCCACCUCCUCCUGUAUUAUCACCGAGAUGGAAAGCUCAGUUUAAUUUAUUGUUUUUUUUCCUUUUCUUUUUGAGUGGCAGGGCAUCUUGUUUUUCCUCCCCUUUCGAAUACCGGACAUGAUGACCUCAUUCAGUUUUGGCAAACAUGCUGCACCAUAUGCAAUCAACAGUAGAAGAUAAACGUGUAUUUUCUAUAUACUCUGCUAAAAUCACAAACAACAACAAUCAGUUGCCGCCAUGCCUUCCAGUCCAGCUGUUCCCGGAAAGUGCCAGUGCUAAAAAAAAAAAAAAAGAAAAAAAUACAACUCAUGCCAGCUGCUGUGCAAAGCAUUUGUUUUUGUUGUGUAUGCAGCUGCUGUUUGUGUAUAUGUGUGUGUGUGUGUGUGUGUGUGUGUGUGAGAGAGAGGAGGCCGAGCAUACAGUAGCUCGAACUAUGCACACUCAAAAAGUUCUGAAGGAAAAGAUACGUCACAGCGCACAACACCAACAACAACCCAGCCUCGACCCUCCGGUGCCAUUUCACGACUCUGAACACACAAACGCCUCAGCAAACAAAUCUAUGCCCGAUGGCCGCAUGUUCUGGAGGCAAACAGCGGAAGAAAAACUUUUAAAAAACCCUUUGAAUAUAAUCUGUUGGAUUUCAUGUAAAACGUCAUCUUGGAAAAUAUUGUGCAACGACAUUUACGUUUCAAAGUGAAGGACAAGCCAUAGGUUGGAAAUGUAAAUAUAUUUUCGGGGUACGUUACAACAUCGAUGAAAAGCAGAAUUAUCCUUGUGAGCCUUUAGGGACCAACGACAGGAUCUUUUAUGUACAUAUGCAAGGGGUCAUGCAAAAGAACCAUAACCGAGCAAUACGUUGUUCACUAUUCGCGUCAAAUCAUCCUUUUAACUAGCACAACUAAGAAUUGGAAAUUUAAUUAGGUCCAUGUAGGGUUUUUUUUGUACCGAUUCGGACUCUGCCCUCCAAAUAUCUUCAAAACAUGACGUGCUUGAAAAAAUCGGCUCCCGCCAUCUCUGAUAAAAAUAUGCCCAAUGUAAUUUUGCAAGUGGAUCUCAGUCUACUGUACAGCCAAAAUCACAAGUAGCAACUGGUGUCACUCUUUGGAGUCGUAUUUGUUUUGCUGCCAAGAUUCCUCUAAUGUACAUUGUUUGCAUUUGCUCUUUAUGUCAAAAGCCAUUGUAAUACAGAGACCAAAACAUUGAUUUCAAUGCAGCUUUUUACAAGGCCAAUAGAAAUCCCUCAUGUUCACUUUGACCUCCCUCGCCCUCCGUGUUUGUUUCCAACGUUUGUUCUAAUAGCUUUGUGACGUAUCGACAUGUUGCCUAUUUGUCCCGCGCUGCCGUUGGAUGUAAAUAUCCUCACAUAUGUUCAAAUCGAGUUAUUCUGUUCCAUCAAGGUUGUCAUUCUUAGUUGAAAUUUCUCAAUUCAUUUUUUCCCAACAUAAAUUCAAGGUAAUCAAACAGUCUGCGAUUGGUUGUUUUUCCUCAGGCUUGGUGAUUUCAUAUUGUUACUUGGUUUGGAGAUCGGCAAGGCUUUUUUGGUGCUGUCUUCUCACUUGUGCACUUCAUACCUGGCCUGGUUGAUUAAGAAGGAACGGGACUGAAAGUUGUUUCACGCUACAAGAACUCAAGUGGCUUUUAUUUGUGCUAUCAAAUUGAAUAAGGUUACUGACUGGAAUGAUGGACUGAUCUGUGUCUAGGCUCUGGAGGAUUGGCGGUGAUGGUGGGAUGAGAGCAAAAUUUAGGGUGGCUUGUGUGUUCCAUUAGCAAUGUCAUUUCUCUGGGAUUAUA